AUGGAAGAGCCGAAAACUCGGUCGUUGCGGCCUGCGAAGCCAGUGUCGAUCGAGCAGCGCUACACGAAGAUGACACAGCUGGAGCACGUGUUGGCGCGGCCCGACAGCUACGUGGGCUCCUGCAACCCGGAGUCGACGUCGCUCUGGGUUUGGAGCGCGGCGAAGCAGCACAUGGAGUACAAACUGACGACUUACGUGCCGGCGAUGUACAAAAUUUUCGACGAAAUCAUCGUGAACGCGGCCGACGUCAAGUCGCGAGAGACGUUCGAGGGCGGUGAAAAGCGGCGCGCACAGAAAAUCACGUGCAUCAAGGUCACCGUCGACUCCGAGCAAGGUUGCAUCUCGGUGUUCAACAACGGCGCUGCCAUUCCGAUCGAAGUCCACAAGACGUAUAACGUGUACGUGCCUGAGAUGAUUUUCGGGCAGCUGCUGACUUCCGACAACUACGACGACUCGCAGCAGCGCUUCACGGGCGGGCGCAACGGGUACGGCGCAAAGCUGACGAACAUUUUCUCGAAGCGCUUCGAAAUCGAAUGCGUCGACUCGAAGCGCAGAAAGACGUUCCACAUGGCGUGGAAGAACAACAUGACGCAGAAGUCAGAGCCGCAGAUUGCAAGCACUGACGCGCUCAUGGACUACGUCAAGGUGACGUUUUGGCCGGAUUUCAAGCGGCUGAACAUGCCUGACGGGCUGCGCGGCGACAUCUUUGCACUGCUCGAGAAGCGCGUGUACGAUUUGGCGGGAACCACGGGGCUCGCGGUGAGCUUCAACGGACGCGAGCUCGACGUCCACAGCUUUCUCGACUACGUGGACUUGUACUUCCGUGCGUCAGAUCCGUUGCGUCAACUGGAGAUGGACGGCGCCGGCGCCUCUGGCGGCGCAACGUCCAGCGCGGUCGAGCCGUCCGCGCAGCGCGAGACGUUGAAGAUCUUCGAGAAAAUCUCGCAGAACUGGGAGGUGUGCGUCGCGAUGAGUGACGGGCAGUUCCGGCACGUCAGCUUCGUCAACAACAUCUGCACAAGCAAGGGCGGAACGCAUGUCGCGUACGUCGUCGAGCCGAUAGUGCAGUCGCUGCUGAAGAAGAUCAACUCGAUGAACAAGGGCGGCAUGCAGGUGAAAGCGCACCAGGUCAAGAACCACUUGUUCGUGUUCUUGAACUGCAAAAUCGUGAACCCCACGUUCGACAGUCAGACGAAGGAAUUCAUGUCGCUUAACAGCUCGGCGAUUUACCCGACGGCCUCGGUCUCCGACAAAACGAUCACGGCGAUCCUGAAGUCGCCAAUUUUACAGACCAUCAUGGACUGGCUGCAGUUAAAGCAGCAGUCGGAGCUGAAACGGUUGCUCAAAGGCACGGGCCGCACGGGGCGCGAGCGCAUUGUCGGAAUCCCGAAGCUCGACGACGCGAACGACGCUGGCACGAGCAACGGGCACCACUGCACGCUGAUUCUGACGGAAGGCGACAGCGCGAAGACGAGCUGCAUCGCAGGACUCUCGGUGGUCGGGCGAGACCGCUACGGCGUAUUUCCGCUGCGCGGCAAGGUGCUGAACGUGCGCGACGCGACGUUCAAGCAGUUGUCUGAAAACAAAGAGAUUCAGUACAUCAUGAAAAUCACCGGGCUCGAGAUUGGCAAAGACGUGCCGGACGCGCGCUCGCUGCGCUACGGCAGCAUCAUGAUCAUGACGGAUCAAGACCACGACGGUAGCCACAUCAAGGGCUUGAUCAUCAACCUGCUGCAGCACUUUUGGCCCUCGCUGCUGAAGUAUCCCGGUUUUUUGAAGCAGUUCGUCACGCCAAUCAUCAAAGCUUUCGCGAAGAACGAGGUUCGCUCCUUUUUCACACUGCAAGAAUUCGACGACUGGCGCAGCACGCUGCCGCCGGCGCAACUGCUGCGCUACAAAUUUAAAUACUACAAAGGUCUCGGCACGUCGGGCGCGAAAGAGUUCCAAGAGUAUUUCUCGAAUAUGGAGCAGCACCAGUUGGCGUUCAAGUAUGUGGACGGCGAGGACUUCGAAGCGAUCGACAUGGCGUUCAACAGCAAGCGCGCGCACGACCGCAAAGAGUGGAUCCAGUCGUUCGUGGAGGGCACGUUUCUCGACCACAACGUGAAAGAAGUGCGGUACAAGGACUUUAUCAACAAGGAGCUCGUGCUGUUUAGUCGGUACGACGUGCAGCGCUCGAUUCCGAACAUGGUGGACGGGCUGAAGCCGGCGCAGCGCAAAGUGCUGUACGGCGCGUUCAAAAAGAACCUCGUGCGCUCGGAAAUGAAGGUGGCGCAGUUCGCAAGCUACGUCGCAGACGUCAGCAGCUACCACCACGGCGAAGAAUCGAUUGCGCAGACGGUCGUGAACAUGGCGCAGCAGUUCGUCGGAACGAACAACCUGAACCUGCUUGAGCCGUGCGGUCAGUUUGGCAGUCGCAAAGAGGGCGGGCGCGACGCGUCCGCGACGCGCUAUAUCUUCACGAAGCUGUCGAACGUUUGCCGGUUCAUGUUCCGGCAGGAAGACGAGCCGCUGCUGGACUACCAAAACGACGACAACGUGCCCAUCGAGCCAAAGUUCUACGUGCCCGUAAUCCCGCAACUGCUCGUGAACGGCGCGGAAGGCAUCGGCACGGGUUGGAGCUGCAGCAUUCCGAACUACAACCCGCACGACAUCAUUGAAAACAUUCGGCGCUACUUGGCGGAAAAGCCGCUGCAGCCGAUGGUGCCCUGGUACCGCGAUUUCAAAGGCAAAAUUGAGCCGAACCAGAAGGGCGGCUUCGACUCGGUGGGAGUAAUCGAAGAGAUCGACCAAGACUCUUUCCGCAUCUCCGAACUUCCCGUGCGCGUGUGGACGCAGCCGUACAAGGUGUACUUGGAGGAAGAACUGCAGCUGAGCAUCGAGCAGACGUCGAAGAAGAAGGACAAGAAGCCGACGGCGUCCAAAAGCUCGCUGCAACUGCUCGACUACAAAGACAACUCAAGCCACGAAAACGUGGACUUCGAGUGCUUGGUGGCCAGUGAGAACGUGGCCGCGUUGUACUCGGCGGGGUUAGACAGAGCGUUCAAGCUGCGCAAGUCGAUCAGCCUGAGCAACUUGGUGGCCUUCAACGUCGACUGCAAGAUUUACCGGUACAAAGACGAACUCGAGAUGCUCAAAGACUUCUGCGCGGUGCGUCUGAUGUACUACGAAAGGCGCAAAGCCUACAUGGUGCGCGCGACCAAGAAGGAACUGAGCUUUUUGACGAACAAGACACGCUUCGUUCUGGCGAUUCUAGAUGACUCGCUGGUGGAAAUCACGCACCUGAACCACCAGUUGCAGGUCGACUCUGCGGAGGCGGAAGACAACGAGCAAAAAAUCAGCAAAAACACGCAGCUGCCGCACCUGAUCUCGAACGUUGCGGAGAUUAUUGAAAACGAGCAGCCGACUGAAGACGAGAGCGCGCUGAAGAACAGCGACGACCUGCACAGCGCGAAGUCGGUGAUCAUCCGCACCUCGCAGCGGCAUCAGGUGUUUCUGCGGCACGUGGGGCUCGUCGCGGUCGACGAGCUGCGCCCGAACGACCGCGUCGCGGUGAACCGCGACAGCUUCCUGAUUCUUUCGAAGCUGCCGACCGAGUUCGACCCGCGCGCGAAGGCGAUGGAAGUCACCGAGCUGCCGACCGACUCCUACGCGGACAUCGGCGGGCUGGACAAGCAGGUGCAGGAGCUCGUGGAGUCGAUCGUGCUGCCGCUGCUGCGUCCGGAACUCUUCGAGGCGCUCGGCGUCCGCUCGCCGAAAGGGCUGCUGCUAUACGGGCCGCCGGGCACCGGCAAGACGCUGCUCGCGCGCGCGUGCGCGGCGGAGUGCAAGGCGACCUUUCUGAAACUCGCGGGCACUGAGCUGGUGCAGAUGUACAUCGGCGACGGCGCGCGCAUCGUGCGCGACGCGUUCGAGCUGGCGAAGCAGAAGGCGCCGGCGAUCAUCUUCAUCGACGAGAUCGACUCGAUUGGCGUGAAGCGCAGCUCGGACGGCUCGCUGGCGGACCGCGAAGUCGAGCGCACGAUGCUCGAGCUGCUCAGCCAGCUUGACGGCUUCGUGAGCAACGACCGCGUGAAGCUGAUCGCCGCGACCAACCGGCCGGACAUUCUGGACCCCGCGCUGACGCGCAGCGGCCGGCUGGACCGCAAGAUCGAGUUCGCGCUGCCCGACGAAGCCGCGCGCGUGAAGAUCUUCCAAAUCCACAGCCGAAAAAUGGCAGUGGACAAGAGCUCGGUGGUUUUCGAGGAACUCGCACGGCUCACCGACGGGCUGAACGCCUCGCAGAUCCGCGCCUGCUGCAUCGAGGCUGGCAUGUGCGCGCUGCGCAGUCACUCGAAAAGCAUCAACCACGUUCAUUUCGUCAAAGGCGUCGAAGAGGUCGAGCAAAAGAAAAAAGACAGCCUAAACUACUUCUCGUAG